GAGCCAUAUAAGGAAGCUAAUUCCUUCAUGAAAUACUCUUCUGAUGAGGCCGCCAUCAGGAACAAAAUGAAGAUGAUGUUUGAUUACCGUUGCAAGAUGGUCCUGGACGAAAACAGAUCAUCCAGCGUCUUGACUGAAUUUCCUCGCUUCAGAGAUGUCAGAGGCUUGAUUGAUCAAGACUUCAUUCUGGAAUUUGGAGAAGAUGUAGCUACCAGGUUUUUGGAGAGGUGGCCGACUGUUUUCAAGCAUAAAGUGAUCCAGCAGAGCAAGACUCUCCCUACCUCAACCGACCUUGAAGAAGUGAUCUACUGUGCUGAAGGAGCUUCAAGUGAGGAGGAACUGGAUGAGACCCUUACCUCUGGCUGGGACAGUGAUCUUGCUUCCAUCAUUCUCCUGUUCCACCUGAUUCCUCCUUCCUGUCAGGGUUACAAAAGACGUGGGAAGGUUUCUCCAUCCCAGGAUGAGGAGCACCAUGUGGUCUUCCAGAAGGUUUGUAAUAGUGGAACAAGUGUCCAGGAACAUGCUGAUGCCAUGAACUCCACUACGCAGCCCUACCCACUUGCUGUUGGGACAAAGAGGAGCACCAUUCAUGAGUUCUUCAUUGUUCUGGACAAGCAGGUCGUACCAUGCAAGUCAGCCAGCUCACUUGGAGCUUUUGAUGAAAUUUUUCACUUCGUAUUUGGAACUGUUUAUAAUCAAAUGCUCCACAACAUGUACGUCUUGGAACUUGGAGAGUUAAAGGAAGGUGCUGAAAUUGCUUCAGAACUUUGUAGUGAACACUCUCUCUCUCCAUGUCAAACACAAAAUUACUUUCAACUGGGGCUACAGAAUUUCAUCGGCAACAACAUAUUCCUAAUUGGUCACUGGUAAUCUAAAGAUCUAAUUUGAAAA